AUGGAAGUUCAGAAACAUGAAAGUCAGGGAAGGCCUAACUUGUUUGACCUGGACCGAUGGCUCUCAGAACCUGUUAGAGCAAGACAACACCUGGUGUAUGAGGAACCAGUUAAAUGUCCGCCACCUAACAGGCGUAAACCACCAAAACAAGAUCGACCCAUGAAUUCGUCUACACUGCACAUCAAGGGCGACCCACAGCCAAAGGGAGAUGAACCCACAAAUAAAAAACCAAAGUCACCAGCCUGCCUACGCUGUAAUCAAGCUCACCCACUUUACAGAUGUAAUGAAUUUAAAAGAAAGUCUGUACCUGAGCGCUAUGAGAUGAACGUGAACACCUCAGCCACCGCCUAGUCAGGACCAACAAACUUAGCCCCCGCUGACUCCGGGGAACGCCCUGCGUUAUGUGGCAACCACCAACUCCCUCGCAGCAAAUGAGAGAGUGGUUUAUUUCCAAGUUGUCCCGGUCCAAAUACAAGGUGAAAACAGGGUGGCCACGAUCGAAACGUUUGCUAUUCUGGAUGACGGCAGCUCAGACACCUUGAUAAGAAGAGACAUCGCCGACAAGCUGAAUCUCGAAGGACCGGAGCGACUACUUUGCCUGGGAAACAUUGAAAAUAAUGGAACUCCGCAGAGCUCUAGAGCAGUGAAUCUUCUUGUGACAGCGACCGGGAAACAAGCUGUAGACACGCCUGUUCGCAACCAUCCUGUGUGGACAGUUCCCAAAUUAAAUGUCCCUCCACAGAGACUUGUCAAGGAAAACGUUAGAAGAACCUGGAAACACCUUGAAGAUUUAGACAUCCCGGCUGUGUUUUCUGAUGAGAUAGGCCUACUUAUUUGA